CUUGAUAUAUGAGAUAUUUCAUCAAAAUAUGCCCAAGCAGAUAAAUAUUCAAAUGAGAUUUAACUUAAGCCGAACUCUUCCACAAUUCCAUCUAUUUCUAAUGAAUAUUCAGGAUAAUGUGUUCUUAUUGCUUGAGCUAUAGUUGUAUAGUCUUAUGGCUAUAGUAUAUAGAAUGUAUUUUUGUUAUGGAAUUCAAAAACUGGUCCAAAAGAAUUUUCAUAACCAAAUUCAUUUAGAAUUGUUCUAAUCGCCUUUUUCCAUCUAAGUUUUGGUGCAUCACCUAAAUUUAUUUCUACUUUUGGUAUAUAGUUUAAACUUAAAACAGAUGUGA